AUGGUAAAACUAAGCACCCAGUCAGUGUCUAGUAACUGCAGCCUUUCAAAGUACCCUGGCAUUAACAACUUUGUGGAUAUUCUGCCAAGAUUUCUGUUUUAUAAUGUGGCAAGUAGCAUCAUUUGGAUCCUGGGUCCCUCCAGAGACUUUAUGCCAGAUUUUGUAGACUGGACAGCUGAGAACUUGGAUGACAUUGCAAAACUAAUUUUACUUGGUAUUCUUUAUCAAGCUGUUAUAGAUGCUAAGAAGUGGCUGAACAAGGAAAGACAUGCCAGGACAGAGGAAUUUCUGAUACUUGUCAUCUCUUCAAUACACCUGGACCUACUUGGUUUCACUUUUUUGGCCUCCCUGGACCCCUCCAGUGUCAAGACUUCAGCCUCCUUGGAACUCUUUAAAAUCCCCUUUUCAGAGUCUUUGGAUUUAUCCAGUCUGAGCUCUUCAUCUUCUGUGGACUUCUCCAGUCUUUCUUCAUCUUCUCUGGACCUUUCAAGUCUCCCAUCUUCAGACUCUUCGGACUUCUCCAGUACCUCCUCUUCAAUCUCCUUAGACCUUUCCAGUCUCGCCUCUUCAGAUUCCUGGGAGUGCUCCAGUUUCACCUCCUCAAUUUCACUGGACCUAUCAAGUCUCACUUCAGCAGGCUCUCUGGAUUUCUCUGGCGACAGCUCUUCUAUCUCUUUAGAUCUCUCAAGUCUCACUUCUAUAUCCUCCACAGAUUUCUCCAGUCGCACUUCUUCACCCUCUCUGGACCUCUCCAGCCUCCCUUCUUCACCCUCCCUAGACAGUUCUAGUCACAGCUCCUCAGGUUCCUUAGAUUUUUCCUGUACAAUCUCUCCCACCUCGGGUGUGUCAGAGCACACCUCCUCAACCUCUUCAGAAUCCCUAAACCUCAACGAUUUAAACUAUUUCCUGUUUCAAGGCUCCUCUGAGUUAACCUCAUCGACCUCUGAGGAUGUUUCUAAUCUCAACUCUAGACCCUUUCUGCAUGUCUCCAAUCUCACCUUUCAGGAUGAUUCUUCCCUUACUUCUUCAGUUUCUCUGGACACUUCUAACCUCACAUCUUUAGUUCCCCCAGAACAAUCCACUCUCACAUUUCUGGACAUUGCUAAUCGCACCACUUCAGCUUCUCUUGAUCUCUGCAUCUAAUUUUCUUAGCAUACCCCCUUUUCUCUCUGAAAUUUCUCUGUACCUUUCUAAACUCUCCUCAUUUUUGUGCUCUUUCUUAAGUUCUGUUCUGAAAAGUCUUAUUUGAGAAAAAUUCAGUGCUUUACAAAUUUAUCCUAGCAUCUAACCAGAACUAGGCAUGGAAACGAGUCAAAUCUAAAAUGGUGCCUUGAUUACAGCUGCAUAAACAUCAAUAUAUAUUCUGGAAUUUUUGAAGAGCACAGUUACUGUCACUAAUCUAAUUUUCAUUCUGUCUCAGCAUGGUACCUCUCCCAGGGGGUUACCUUUUUCAAUUCAUGCUGAAUUUUUGAUCUUUUAAGAUCAACAAAUAGUAUAUAGAGAUAAAAGUGCAAAUAACUGAAUCUUCAUCAUGAAUCUCCAUUAUCGAUUUAAAUCUGUGUACAGUGCACUGAGCUGAUGGCAGGGGCAUUUCACAUGGAGGUAACUGAGAGAGGAGAUGUAGUGGGAAAAGAAAACUGGGGAAAAAAAGAGCUGGUGAGAGACAGGGGAUAGGGAGUGGAAUCAGAGGUGUGGGGCAGGAACAGGGGGAUGCAUAGCUGGGAGAAAGAUGUCCAUCUUUGCUAGCAGUUUUUUCUGCCAAGCCAAAUUUGUGGCCCAGGAUGCCCAUAAAGCUUUAAAUAAUCUUACUGAUAAUUAUUUUAUCUAUCAUAACAUCAGAUGUCACCACUAAAACAGAAUUUAUACAGAGCACCCCUUUAUCAAUAUGUCAGUAGUGCAGUACUUAUGUUGCAUAAAUACAUUGCAUAGGCAACAGAGGGAGGCUUCUUAAAUCUUUGGUGCUUCCUUUAUCUUUUUCUUAUCAUUGUUAUAGUUGAAUUUUUUAGAAAUACUACUGUUUAUACUACUCAUUUCUUUAAAAUUAAGUAGGUAAG